AUGGCGGAUGACUCGCACGAAGAUGACCACAUAGCGUCCGAUUCCGAGCAGAAAAAUCAGGAUGUGGGAAGCAACAAUGAGGAUAUUGACCUUCAUCAAGGGGUGACCAAUCAACAUAGAGAAGGCACCUUAGAGUUGAAAAACCCGAAGACAAACUCCUCUGAAGGGCGCGAAUCAGGAAAGGAGGGACAACCCCACGUAGCUGAUUUCAUGGGAUUGUUCCAUGGCCACCAAGGGCGCCUGGAACAGUUGGAGCAAGAGUUAGAACGACAGCGAGAGGCAGAGAGAAACUUGAGGAAUGAGAUAGAGCGACGAAAAGAGCUAGAAGAAAAGCUCUUAAGGGUGGAGUUUGCUCUCAAAAAUCGAAGCUCCCGCAGCGACCGAGAAGAUUCUCCCUUAGGAGGAGAAGAUCCAUUCAGCGAGGACAUUAUGAAGGCCAAAGUUCCAAGGAAUUUUAAGAGCCCUAAUAUGGACCUCUACGAUAGAACCACUGAUCCAAAGCAUCAUUGGAGCAACUUCAAAAGUCAGAUGUAUCUAGCCGACGCCUCUGAUGCCACUCGCUGCAAGGCUUUCCCGACAACCUUGACGAAAGCAGCAAUGAAGUGGUUCGAUAGUCUUCCCCCUAGGUCGGUCACUAGUUUCGACGACUUCUCGCGAAAGUUCCUGAUGCGAUUCUCCAUCCAAAAGGAUAAAGUAAAACACGCACCAAGCCUUCUGGGAGUAAAACAAGAGGUCGGAGAACCUUUGAGAGACUACAUGGAGAGGUUCAAUAAAGCGUGCUUGGAGAUUUAA